AUGAAAAGCCUGGAUCUGUUCCUGCUGGCGUGUUGCUUAUACAGCCUGGGCACAUUGGGAGGUGCAACUGAAUCAGAGAAUACUCUGAUGAAGAGCCUCUUUUCCAAAUACAACCUUAAGGUCCGACCAGCUCGUACCCCUGAAGAGAGGGUGGUGGUUCGCGUGGGCAUGAUCCUCACAUCCUUCGUUGGACUGAAUAUGAAAAAUGAAGAAAUGAGCACCACUGUUGUCAUGAAUCUGGAAUGGACAGAUUAUCGGUUGUCAUGGAAACCGAAGGAGCACGAUGGGAUUCAGGUGCUACGCAUCCCCUCUGGGAAGGUUUGGCUUCCUGACAUUGUCCUCAUCAAUAAUAAUGAUGGACAGUUUGAUGUGGCCCUGCAUGUCCAUGUUCAGGUUUAUAGUAAUGGCAGGGUAACCUGGACUCCCCCUGCUCUGUACUGCAGUUCCUGUGGAGUCAAGGUAACAUAUUUCCCAUUCGACUGGCAGAACUGCACCAUGCAGUUUCGCUCUUACACAUAUGACUCAACAGAAAUCGACCUGCAGUAUGCCCUGAAUUCAAAAGGCAAGGAGAUUCGGGAGAUCCAGCUGGACGAGUCUUUCAGUGAGAGUGGUGAGUGGUACGUCAGACACAAGCCAAGCAGGAAGAACACAUUUGAUGACGAAUAUGAGGAAAUGACUUUUUACCUGAUCAUCGAGAGGAAGCCUCUGUACUACAUCAUCAACAUCAUCAUCCCUUGCAUCCUGAUUACUAUCAUCGCCAUCUUCAACUUCUAUCUGCCUCCUGAUGCAGGUGAGAAGAUGGGUUUGUCAAUCAAUGUGCUGCUCACCCUCACCGUGUUCCUGCUGCUGCUGGCUGAUAAGAUCCCUGAGACCUCGCUGGGUGUUCCCAUCAUCGUCAACUACAUCAUGUUUACCAUGGUCCUGGUCACAUUCUCUGUCAUCCUCAGCGUGGUUGUCCUCAACCUCCACCAUCGCUCUCCCAACACCCACAUGAUGCCAAUGUGGGUCCGCAAGAUCUUCAUCCACAUGCUCCCUCCUUACCUGGGCAUGCUGCGGCCAAAGGUGGAGACCCCCCUGUCUCUAGAGGCCCUACCCCGCCGGGAAAAAAAAGUCACUGCAAUUAGCAUAGCUUCUGAUGAAUACUUCAUCCGGAAACCUGACUCUUCCAUUUUAUUUCCGAAACCCAACAGGUACCAGCCGGAUGGCAUAUGCACAGACCUGAGGAAGUUCAUUGAUGGCCCCAGUAGCUACCUUACACUGCCUGAUGAGCUCAAGUCAGCCAUAGAGGCCAUCACAUACAUAGCCGAGGCUCUGCAGGCUGAAAAAGACUAUGAAGCGCUGAAAGAAGAUUGGCAAUAUGUGGCAAUGGUUGUGGACCGGAUGUUCCUGUGGAUUUUCGUUGUUUUCACCACUGUGGGCACGCUGGCCAUCUUUGCCGAUGCUAGCUUCAACCAUACCCCUACGGACCCCUUCAAACCCUUCUGA